UUCCCGGCGGGGCAGCGCCGGCCCUGAGCCGGGCGGGGGGCGGGGUGCCGGCGGCCGCCCGAGCCGCGCGCUGCCCGGGAUUGUGGGGGGUGGAUCCGCGCGGCGCAGCGCAGCGCUCCUUGCUGCCGGGGCCGGGGCCGGGGCCGGCUGUGCCCGCGUCUGCCCCCGGGCCGGUCCCGCCGCGAGCCGGGCCUGCGCUGAGCGAGAGGAGAUGUGGGGUCGCCGCCGCCGCGUCUGAGCGUUGACCGCCCCGGCCCCGCUCGAGCGGGCCCUCGCGCUGGCGCCGGGCCGGGUGGCCGGCGACUGGCGGCCCAGGCGCGCUCUGUACAAAUGCGCGCUUGGGAAGUCCGGGUGCGCCCCGGGCCCGGCGGGCUCAGCUCGGGGCCGGGGCUGUGGGGCUGCUUCCCUGCCCUUCCGGAGGGUCCUGCUGGGGAAGGGCUUGCCCUGAGCUCCGGCAGGAGCGCUCUGCAGCUUGUGCCACUGCUCUGAUGGGAAGAAUGCUUUUUCCCGGAUUUAAGUGGCUUGCUGUAGUUCGAACCCUCUUUGGCAAAAUAGAAAAAUUGUUAUCGUUUCUUCUUUAAGGCAGCUUUUCAAAUAUUUGGACCCUGCUAUCAUGUCCCCCUCCCAGCUCCUUUUUCACCCAGCUAAACACGACUAGUUCUUGCAGCCUUUCCUCAGUGCCUUUAUCAUCUCUGCUUGCUCUGGGAUCCUCUCCAGCUUCUCCACAGUCUGAAUCUGCGGGGCCCAGAUCUGAGUAGAGCAGCAUGGUCCCCUCCUGUGUCUUGCCCGCCACAUCCCUGUGAUGCGGGGUCCGAACCGGGUCUGUUAUGCUGACGGUAUGGUGUUACUGGCUCGUACUGAGGCUGUGAUCCACCAGCCACCCACGGACCACUCCGCCUUAGCACCGCGGCUGCCUGGGCAGUCAUCUUCCUGCUCUAUUCAUUCAUUUGCCUUUUCCUGCCUUGGUGUAGCAUCUUGCUUUCAUCUGCUGAAGUGCAUUUUGUUGUCAUACACUCAGUUCUCCAAGUUAUCGAGGUCUUCCAGGUUUUGUCAUUUGUAAGCUUGAUCAGGAAGUGCUUGCUUUUUUGCAUUCAGGUCAUUAAUAAAAGUGAAUAGCACUGCACCCAAACAGGCCUCUGUGGCACCCCGCUUGAAACCCCCUGCCAUUCUGACCUCGCUCCAUUUAUAGCUACUCCGUGCUUGGUUACUCGGCCAACUACAAAUCAUUUCUGGAUACGUUCUGUGCAUGCCCACGUUUCUAGUUUGUUUACGAGACCAGUGGGUGGGACAGAGACUGACUGGAGAGGGUGAGUUGGCAAGUUUCUACACACCUUGAACAUAAUAAAGGCAAGUAGGGGCUCGUCUGCUUUGUGCAAGAGGACGGUGGAUUCUGGGGCAAGAUUUUUUUAGGAAAAAAAAAUCCACCUUCCCAAAUUUUUCAUUGACAUUUUCUCAAGUUAGCAACUUCAGCACACUUGAAUUGGUGGUUUGUGCUAUGAGAUUUUCUGUGGAGUUUUUUUGCAAGUAUUUUCCAUGUAUACUCCUGCCUCUUGUAAGCUUGCAGCAUUUAGGAAGUCAUGCACACUCAGAUGCACAAUUUUCCUUUCAGGCAGGAGAACCAUGUGCACUAGCUAGACUGGUGUCUAGUGGUGUAGUAGGUGGUACCAUGGAUCCUGAAGCCAUUUCACCUGGUCUACAAGCCUAGAGGGAGUGGAGCAAGCAGUGACUGGAUUAACCCUUGUCCCACUGCUGCAGCAGCCUGUGAGGCUCUUGGUAGUCAGGAUCCAGCCCAGGGGACCCAGUGAAUGUGACAUCCCUGCCAUACACAGUCAAUUCCAGAAUACCCUUCCCUUACCAAAAAUGUCCUCCUAUAUCCCAUCAGUUAGUGGUCACUUUAUGCUCUGUGGCAAGAAGCAUUAAAUCUUAUCUGUAUUCUAUUUAAUGCAGCUGGGGGAGGGAGAGUGCCUAGUUUAUUCUGCUGUACUAUACAUUUUAAGACGUCACACUUUUUUUUUUUUGUUUUUUUAAAGAGGCAAACAGCUGAAUGGACCAGGGCUGAGUUGAUCUGGUUUAGCUUUCGCUUACUUCAGGGUAAGAGUGGGCAAACAAAGUUCCUGUGGAGCAGCUGAUGCCAGGUAAGUCCGUGCCUGCUCGUACUUCAUGGUUGAUUUCUCAUUUGUCCAUACAGGUACCCUUACUUGUGACCUAGUACCUCUUUUUGGCUGACAAACGUGUCUGUGCUCCACAUUACUUCCUGAACCCUGCCAUCAUGGCUGAGGGGGGAAAUGGAAAACAGAAGCAGUGAAAAGGCUUCAGCUGCACCUUGCCUAUGUGGACAACAUUUCUGCAUGUUUAUGAAAUUUUGGUGUUACAGAGGAAACGUUGGCUCAGAUCCAGCAUUAGUUCGAAACAGAGCUGAGGUAGUCUGCUAUUUGUGUCUUGCUGCCAGGCUAGCGCUGCAGUGGAUAUGCUGCAUCCUGCAACACCCAACAUCUAUCACUCCUGCAGACUGCCAACUGGAAUCCUAGAUUUAAGCUUGACAGCAUCCAGGCCAAUGAAUUUUCAGAGCAUGCCUCCUUAGGCUGCCCUGUUUUCUGAUUGUGCUUACCACCUUGUUUGCUGUCUCUUUUGCUUAUGGUUUGGUAAAAUGGGAAAAGAAUUGUGACAGCAUGAGCUCUGUCUCCGAAGAUCUGGGCUGUAGACGUGGAGAGUUCAGCAGAAAGCAUUAUGGAUCUGUGGAACUUCUUAUAUCUAGUGAUGCUGAUGGAGCCAUUCAAAGAGCUGGACGAUUCCGGGUAGAAAAUGGCUCUUCUGACGAGAAUACAGAUUAUACCCCAGGUACAUGGUGCAGAACAGAUGUGCACUUGGAAAAUCCAGAGUACCACACCAGAUGGUAUUUUAAAUAUUUCCUAGGAAAAGUUCAUCAGAAUUAUGUAGGUACAGAUGCAGAGAAGAACCCUUUCUUUUUGUCUGUUGUACUCUCGGACCAAAACAACCAACGUGUUCCUCAAUACCGCUCAAUUCUCUGGAAAAAAACAGGUACUCAGAAAAUAUGCCUACCCUACAGUCCCACAAAAACAUUAUCAGUGAAAUCUAUUUUAAGUGCCAUGAGCCUUGACAAAUUUGAAAAAAGCCCUAGAGAAAUUCUUCACCCUGAGAUACAAAAGGAUCUACUGGUUCUAGAAGAGCAAGAGGGCUCUGUAAAUUUUAAGUUUGGAGUUCUUUAUGCAAAAGAUGGGCAGCUUACGGAUGAUGAAAUGUUCAGCAAUGAAACUGGAAGUGAAAGUUUUCAAAGAUUUUUGAGUCUCAUGGGUGACACAAUUACACUGAAGGGCUGGACAGGCUACAGAGGAGGGUUGGACACCAAAAAUGAUACAACAGGAAUAUGCUCUGUCUACACAGUGUACCAAGGGCAUGAGAUUAUGUUUCAUGUUUCAACAAUGUUACCAUAUUCUAAGGAGAACAAGCAGCAAGUAGAAAGGAAGCGGCAUAUUGGAAAUGACAUUGUCACUAUUGUGUUCCAGGAAGGGGAUGAAUCUUCUUCAGCAUUUAAACCAUCCAUGAUUCGCUCUCACUUUACACAUAUUUUUGCCUUAGUGAGAUAUAAUAAGCAAAAUGAUAGUUACAGGCUGAAAAUAUUUUCAGAAGAAAGUGUACCUCUCUUUGGGCCACCUCUUCCAUCUCCACCUGUGUUUACAGAUCAUCAGGAAUUCAGGGACUUUGUGCUAGUAAAAUUAAUAAAUGGGGAAAAAGCCACCUUGGAAACUCCAACAUUUGCUCAGAAACGGCAACGCACUCUGGACAUGCUGAUUCGCUCUUUAUACCAGGACCUCAUGCCUGACCUACACAAGAACAUGCUUAAUCGGAGGUCCUUCAGCGAUGUAUUACCAGAGUCCCCAAAAUCAGCACGGAAGAAGGAGGAGGCCCGUCAAGCGGAAUUUGUCCGACUCGGUCAGGCACUGAAACUGAAAAGCAUUGUAAAAGGGGAUGCACCAACUAGUUUGGCUGCGACAGGCCUGUGUAAAAAGGAGCCUUGGGAGUCCCAGUGUUUCUGCAAUAAUUUUCCUUAUGAAGUUGUUUGUGCGGAUUCUUGGGGCCAGUCCUUGCUAGUUUCUACAGAUGUUGGCGUUCUGCUUAUAGAUGAUGGCCAGCCUUCAAUACAAGUAUUUGAUAAAACUCUCCAAGUAAAGCAGAUGCACGUGCUGGAAGCUUUGGAUCUUCUGAUUACCAGAGCAGACAGAGGGAAGGAUUCUCGACUUCUUGUCUUCAGGCUGAGUGCUGUACAGAAAGGCAUUGAGACAAAGCAGAUGGCAAAGAACAAGUAUGACUGCAGAGAGAAUAAACUGGAGAAAACCAAAGGCUGUCAUUUGUAUGCCAUUAACACUCAUCACAGCAGUGAGCUGAGGAUUGUUGCGGCUAUUCGGAACAAACUGCUCCUCAUCACAAAGAAAUACAAUCGUUGCAACAGUUUAACCAACGCCUCUUUGAUGUCACCUCCAUCUGAAUCACCAGUAGAGGAAUUCCAGUAUAUCAGGGAGAUUUGUCUCUCUGACACUCCCGUGAUUAUGACUCUUGUGGACGGACCGACUGGAGACAAUGAUAAUAUGAUCUGUGUAGCAUAUCGGCAUCAGUUUGAUUUAAUUAAUGAAAGUACGGGAGAAUCCUACAGGUUGCAUCAUGUUGAAGCAAGCAGGGUUAAUUUUGUUGCAGUUAUUGAUGUAUAUGAAGAUGGAGAAGCUGGUUUACUGUUGUGCUAUAACUAUGUCUGCUGCUACCGAAAGUUAUGCCCCUUUAAUGGGGGUUCGCCUUUGGUCCAGCCAUCAGCAUCUGACUUUCAUUUUAGCUGGAACCAGGUUCCUUAUUCUGUGGUUUGUGCUUUUCCUUACAUCCUGGCCUUCACUACUGAUUCCAUCGAGAUCCGGUUAGUGGUGAAUGGGAACCUAGUCCACACAGCUGUAGUGCCUGAGCUUCAACUUGUAGCAUCAAGGUUGGACAUUUAUUUUAAAGCUACUGCGGUGGCAAUUGGAUCAUCUAAUAGCAGUUCCAAGGAGACCAGUUCAAAGAGCUCUCCUCAGACACCAAUAGCUCAUGAAACACCAGAAUUCCCUCUGUCCUCAACAGAAGGUGAAGUGCGGUAUAAAAACUUGUACAAAAUUCCUCUCAGUAACCUGGUUGGUAGGAGCAUUGAACGUCCUCUGAAGUCGCCUUUAGUCCCUAAGGUCAUCGCUACCCCAAUGCCAAGUGGAAUCACCUCUGUCCCUGUUACUCAUUCAUUAUCCUUAUCGCGUAUGGAAAUUAAAGAAAUAGCGAUCAGGACACGCAAAGAACUACUGGGCCUCUUGGAUGAGCCAGUUCCUAAGUCAGAAGGAGUGCAGAAGCAAAAGAAACUUCCUCGAAAACAGUCAGACCAUAAGCAUGGAGCAAUAAGGUCAACUAGCAGUGACAGGAUAAUUUCAAGCUCCUUUGAAAGAAAUUCUGAAGGCCGCCACCUUUCCACCAGUUCGGAUCCUGAUACUUCAGUAAGCAGGGAAGAGAGUCCAUCAUCUAGCUACCUGUUUCAGCUUACUGCUUCAUUUGAUGAAGACAUCAUUGACUUGAAGUGAAGACAAUCUAAAGAUCCCUGUUCUUUUCUUUACUUUUCUUAUAAUUCUAUAGGCCAUGUAGGAAUGUCACAGCACUGUUUCCAGUGGUAAAAUGUGACCUGGAAAUGGAAUGUAUUGGUGAUUACCCUCCAUAGAACUCAACUUGUUCUCGUGAACUGGGCCUGAAUUGGUGAUGCUUAUGUUUUUGUCUCUCUCAGUUAAAGAACCAGUGGUUCUGGUUGUAAUAAGAUGGUAGAUAACAACACGAGGUUUAGGCUGAAACUUUUAAGUAAAUAAAAGUAUUCAUUCUAA